AUGAUGGCCCAAGAACACGCUCAUUCUUCAGCCGUAGAGAGACUUUUGAAUUGCGAGGUACCAUUACGAGCUCAAUAUAUACGAGUGUUAUUCCGUGAAAUAACUCGAAUUUCAAAUCAUUCACUUGCUUUAACUACUCAUGCUAUGGAUGUGGGAGCAUUAACUCCGUUCCUGUGGGCUUUUGAGGAGCGAGAGAAAUUGUUGGAAUUCUAUGAAAGAGUCCCGGGAGCCAGGAUGCAUGCCAGUUUCAUACGACCAGGUGGAGUGGCACAAGAUCUGCCUCUUGGCUUAUGUCGAGAUAUUGAUUCCUCCACACAACAAUUUGCUUCUCGUAUCGACGAAUUAGAAGAGAUGUCAACCGGCAACCGUAUCUGGAAACAACGAUUAGUGGAUAUUGGUACUGUCACUGCGCAGCAAGCAAAGGAUUGGGGCUUCAGUGGUGUAAUGUUAAGAGGUCGUGCGACAUGA